AUGACUGAGGUUUCGUCCACCAGGCUGUACUUGGGGAACCUCCCUCGACAUGCUACCAAGGCCGAUGUCGAGGCUCACUUUGCGACCCACGGUACCGGAGAGAUUACCGAAGUAAAGCUGAUGAAUGGCUUCGGCUUCAUCGAGUACAAGGACGCAAUGGACGCCCGCGAUGUCGUCCCAGAUGGAUCCGAUUUUAUGGGAGAACGCCUCACCGUUCAGUUUGCCCGUGGAACUCGACACCGAGAGGGCGGUAUGGGGCACGAGCGUGCUCCGCCGCGACCGCGUAGAACUCCUCAUCGAAUGCAGAUUACAGGACUUCCGAAUGAUACCAGUUGGCAGGACCUGAAAGAUUUCGCCCGUCAAUCAAGCCUUGACGUGGUGUACUCUGAGACUGGCCGUGACUCCAAUGGUCGAGGCUUUGUCGAAUUCGAGACUGCCGCAGACCUGAGAACAGCUGUCGAAAAGCUAGAUGGCCGCGAAUUCAAAGGAAGUCGCGUCCAGUGCCUCGUUGACACUCAACCCGAUAUGCCACCGCGGGACCGUGGCCGAUCCCGUUCGCCAGGACGCCGACCCUACCCUCCCCCAUCGUUUGAUAACUAUGACCGCCGAGGACCCCCUCACCGAGGAUACAGCCGCGAAGCUGGCCCGUCGUACGGCUAUCGUGACCGAAGCCCCCGUCGCGAGUACUACGAUGAUAGAGCACCGCGCUAUCGUUCGCCUCCCCGGCGACCGGUGGAAGAUUACCCGCCGCCUCGAGGCCGUUAUGAGGAGCCUUACCGCCGCGAUUACCCGCCACCUCCCGACCCUUACGCAAACGGUGGUCGACCGGCGUACGAUCGGCCACCAAGAGAAUUCCCUCCAAGAGAACCAGCAUACCCCCGAGAGGGAGGGUAUGCGCGUGAUUACGAUCGUGGCGGGCGCUACUGGUAA